GCGCGGAAGGAUACGCUGCUGGCGGCGAGUUGGUCGCGUGGCGGAGGAAGACCAGAGGCUGUUGAGGGAGACCGGUGGGCGCGCGAGAGGUGAUUUGACCACUGAGGGCGGAGGGAAGGAAUGUAUACAUUUUUGGUGAAGAAAAAAAUUGCAAAUGAAGCUCCAGAAUCAUAAGCCAUUAAGGAUGUGUAUCUGCUUUGGAAUUCAUUGUAUAUGAAAUUUGAUUUCCUUCCUGUUACUUUUUAAAUUGUGUUUAAAUGCAUUUUGCCCCAGAAGGAGAACAUUCAUGUAACAUUCUGAACAUUUACUUCAGGCAAGGUUUUGGCUGAGAAACAGUAUAUCUUGAGGAGCUUUUUGACAAGAGGUGUCAGAGUCCAAAGACCUGUCAAUCACACAAUAUGAAAGUAAUUAAGCAUUCUGAAGAGGCGCUGAAAUUGGCUCUGAUCUCCAAAGACACAAAGCUUGUGAAGCUUUAUGAGAAUUUUGAACCAAAAGAGAAGCUUUUGCUAAGUCAAGCAUUUCAACCAGGCGGUGUUCUCUUUAAGCCCAUCACACUACAUUCUGAGUCGGAUUGGAUCUCCUCACAUCCAGAACCUACCCAGGAUUUUGCACAAUUUUAUCAUGACCCUCACAGAAACACACCAUCUCCUCAGAAAAAUCGGAUUUAUGUUCAGCCCAUUGGCUCUUUUGGAGAUUCUAGAGUUAGCACUGAUGUCUACAUGCAAUGGCUAAAGGACUACUGUGAAGCCUUUUACUAUGGCCUGACUGUAAGAAUCUUAGGACCGGUGCCAGUUUCACAAACAGGUUGUGCUUUUCGAAUCAACGAAUAUACUCACAAUUUGCAGAUUCAUGCAGGACAUCUUCUGAAUUAUCUAAAGAAAAAAAAGGCAAAGGAUGCUUUCUGCAUUGUGGGAGUAACCAUGAUAGAUCUUUAUCCAAAGGAUUCCUGGAAUUUUGUCUUUGGACAAGCCUCCCUGACUGAAGGAAUGGGUAUCUUUAGCUUUGCCAGGUAUGAUAGUGACUUCUAUAGCGCAAACUACAAAGGCAUACUGAAGACACCAAAGAAGCUUCAUCCAGCAGACUAUUCUGUAUUUGAUGGUUACUAUACGCCCGAGAUCACAAGUAAACUGCUUUUAAGAUCCUGCAAAACUCUGACUCAUGAGAUUGGCCACAUUUUUGGGCUCCAUCACUGCCAGUGGUUGGAGUGUGUUAUGCAAGGCUCCAAUCACCUGGAGGAAUCAGACCGACGGCCACUAGAUCUUUGCCCUAUUUGUCUGCGCAAACUGCAAGUUGCCCUUGGAUUUAACAUUAUGGAAAGAUACAAGGCACUGAAGAGAUGGAUUGAGGAAGAAGUUAAUGAAACAGAAGGAAUCAGUCAUGGUCAUGGAUCAGGUUUUCAGAAACCUGUGGAAGCGUUUAAAGACAGUUACGAUUGGCUUGUCAAAUGCCUAGAUGUUGUACAGUAGUAAAUGCCUUUGGUAUGUAAACUGAAAGGGGAUAUUUUUAUUUACAGUGGUCUGAGUACUGCUAAAAGGUACUUUUGGAAAUAUUAAAUUUGCAACUUAAUAUCUUCUCUUAAAUUUUAACCUGUUUAUUUUAUGAAUUGGGAUUCUUUUUGGCCGUAAUGUAAUGUCUUGUUUCAGAACAUCAGAUUCAUCUCCUAAAACAUGAUAGGGAAUAGUUGUAAUUCACCCACAAUCAAAGAGCACUGUGAACUCAACCAAAGAUGGAUCUGGAUCAAACGUGGCACACAUACC